AUGAAUAACACAUCGUGCUACCUACCACAGGAAACAAAACUUUUUGAAAAUGCGAGUUUUGUAGAACUGUGGCUUUUGGCUAUGCCACUGGUUACAAUAUGUUUUAUAACGAUUGUCGCGAAUGGCGCCAUUAUUGUGAUGUUCGCUACGCAUCAAACAAUCAGAAAAAGUCGGAACACUUACAUCCUCAGCUUAGCAGUUGCCAAUUUCACAAUCGGAUUAUCAAUGACAGUUUCCAUCGCCGAAACGUUAAACGGGGAAUGGAUGUUUGGUGACAAAACGUGCAUAUACUUUCUGACGUUGAAAUACACUUUAUUUUACGUCACCAUUUUAAGCAUUAUUUUGAUAACAGUUGACAGGUGGUGGUCGGUCAAUUUUCCAUUUUCGUACAGAAUUAAAAGAAAUCAACGAAUAACAUUUUCAUUAGUUGCAUUAAUAUGGAUGAUAAGCUGCACUGUUCACGUGCCGUCUAUUUUGGGAUGGAGUUAUAUUCAAGUAACGCCUCCGCAAAUACACAAAUACUGCAGGGUCCCCUACGAACUAAAUCCGGGUUUCACCAUAUCAGCUUGUUUCAUCGAAUUUUUUAUUCCGCUCAUAAUAUUACUUUCACUGAACAUGGGUAUCUACAUAAAACUUGCAAGGAGACGUAACAGCAAAAAGAUUCGACGGUCGCUUAGUACUUCAGAUGGUAAACGGAAAACGUCAUCAGAAUCUGAAGGAAGUCUAGAAAAGAUGGAUAUUAUUACUUCUGUAUCCAAUGGCAAUCGACGAAAAAGUGUAAUGGAAAACAUUUUGUCGACAAUACGUCGGUUGAGCUACGGUCACCCCGGGAGCUUGAGUUCUCAAAAUAAUAACUUUCACGUCCAAACAUACAAAUCGUGCGUAAUUAACGGUCGGAGUGUUUCAAUUGAUUACGCAUCGCUGCCAUAUCACCACGGUAAAAGUUCUUCCUUGUAUAGAGCUCCCAAAUUACCUUGCUUGGCACACACAAGCAAAGACGAAGCUGAUGCAGCGGUGCGAGACUUUCUGCUACGACAAGACAACAAAGCGCUGUUUGCACUUGCAAUGCUUGUGCUAACAUUCGUUAUAUGCUGGUCGCCUUUCAUUUUGUGUAAAAUCAUAUUUUCUAUUUGCCCCAGCAACCUUCCAAACUGGGCUUUGCAGCUGAGCGGUUGGGUACUGGCAUGCAGUGCUGCCCUGAAUCCGUUUCUGUACGGUUUAGGCAGUUCGGACUUUCGAAAAAUUACGCAGCGGUUCAUCUGCGGAAAGAAGUCCAUUACACGCAGAGGGACUCGUUUGAACGCUUACAAUCAGGUCCCGCAUUCCUAUGAUAUGACUGGUAUCAAACAUUGUACAAUUUAUACCAAUAGGAGAAUUAUUAAUGCUGAACCUCAUAGCCAUGCAUGA